GGAAGGAUGUUCUGCGACUCGCAGGCUUGUUGUCUGAAGCUAGGAUGGAAAGUCACAGCCUGCAGGCCGGAUUGAGUCGCGGGAAGCUGCUGGGUCCCUGCCUGGCGCUCUCCGGGUGUGUCCAUUGAAUUGUGGUGGGCUGGUCCCCAGCGCGGGAACCCAAGCGCCACUGCCAGAAGCUUAGCCCCGGCUGGCUCGCUCCUAGGCUAGCCAAAACCUGGAGGGUAGGACAGAACCUUUCCUGCCCACACCCAUCACCCGAGGAUGGCAGGACCAGGCGCGGCAUAGCAGCGGGAGAAGCCCAGAGACCCGCUCGUCCAGUUUAUUCACGAGGCAUCGAGCGGACUUCGCCCUCCGGACAGCUCCGAGUCCCAGGAAGAACCGAACCAAACUCAUCCUGGGAGACCGACUUAGGGCCAAGCCGGUAUUCUGCCGGGGUGCAGGGGACAGACAGACUCGAACCCUGCUGGGUGUGCACGCGUGCGAGCGUGCCUCCGGGCAUCCCGCACACCCUCAGUCCCGUGUGCCGACACUCCUCGGGGAGGAGGGAGUGGCAGCCACCAGACUGAAGGAAAGCGAGGGACACCUCACAAAGUGACGCCCCCAACAGGUCCGGAUUUGGUACUGGAAGCGGCAGAAAUCCGGACCUCCCCGGGCCUGCUCCGCACACCCCGCCGCCCCCGCCCGGAGCCCCGACUCUCGACAAGUCCGCCCCCCCGGGGCGCCCCGUCGGCUGCGGGUUUCCUCCUGCAGACCUGUCCGCGCACAUGAAGCCGCUGCCCCCGCCGCAGGCGCCAGCGCCCCCCUCGCGGUGCCCGUGGUGAUGCCAUGCCCCGCCACCACGCGGGAGGAGAGGAGGGCGGUGCCGCCGGGCUCUGGGUGAGGAGCGGCGCGGCGGCGGCGGCAGGCGCGGGUGGGGGGCGCCCGGGCAGCGGCAUGAAGGAUGUGGAGUCCGGCCGCGGCAGGGUGCUGCUGAACUCGGCGGCCGCCAGGGGCGACGGCCUGCUGUUGCUCGGCACCCGCGCGGCGGCGCUCGGCGGAGGCGGCGGCGGCUUGAGAGAGAGCCGCCGGGGCAAGCAGGGGGCCCGAAUGAGCCUGCUGGGGAAGCCGCUCUCCUACACCAGCAGCCAGAGCUGUCGGCGCAACGUCAAGUACCGGCGGGUGCAGAACUAUCUGUACAACGUGCUGGAGAGACCCCGCGGCUGGGCGUUCGUCUACCACGCGUUCGUUUUUCUCCUUGUGUUUGGUUGCUUGAUUUUGUCAGUGUUUUCUACCAUCCCUGAGCACACCAAAUUGGCUUCAAGUUGCCUCUUAAUUCUGGAAGAAGUCAAAAUAUCACUCUUUGCAGAUGAUAUGAUAGUAUAUAUAAAAUCUUCUGGCUGUAUGUCCAGGAAUAGGGUGUGGGUUGGGAGGUUCAGAUUUGCAUUCAUCGAUUUUUGCCUGUUAUAUACCAUUGUUCUCAUCGCUUCAAUAGCAGUUGUCUCUGCAAAAACUCAGGGUAAUAUUUUCGCCACGUCAGCGCUCAGAAGUCUCCGGUUCCUACAGAUCCUGCGUAUGGUGCGCAUGGACAGAAGGGGAGGGACCUGGAAGCUGCUCGGCUCUGUGGUUUAUGCUCACAGCAAGGAACUAAUCACAGCCUGGUACAUUGGAUUUCUGGUUCUUAUUUUUUCAUCCUUCCUUGUCUAUCUUGUGGAAAAGGAUGCCAAUAAAGAGUUUUCGACAUAUGCGGAUGCUCUCUGGUGGGGCACAAUCACACUGACAACCAUUGGCUAUGGAGACAAAACACCCCUAACGUGGCUGGGAAGACUGCUCUCUGCAGGCUUCGCACUCCUUGGCAUUUCUUUCUUUGCACUUCCUGCUGGCAUUCUUGGCUCAGGUUUUGCAUUAAAAGUACAGGAACAGCACCGCCAGAAGCAUUUUGAGAAAAGAAGGAACCCAGCUGCCAACCUCAUCCAGUGUGUCUGGCGAAGUUAUGCAGCUGAUGAAAAAUCUGUUUCCAUUGCAACCUGGAAGCCACAUCUGAAGGCCUUGCACACCUGCAGCCCUACCAAGAAAGAACAAGGGGAGGCAUCAAGCAGUCAGAAGCUGAGCUUUAAGGAGCGAGUGCGCAUGGCUAGCCCAAGGGGCCAGAGCAUUAAGAGCAGACAAGCAUCAGUAGGUGACAGGAGAUCCCCAAGCACUGACAUCACUGCCGAGGGCAGCCCCACCAAAGUCCAGAAGAGCUGGAGCUUCAACGACCGAACCCGCUUCAGGCCCUCACUACGUCUCAAGAGUUCCCAGCCAAAGCCAGUGAUAGACGCUGACACAGCCCUUGGCAUUGAUGAUGUGUAUGAUGAGAAAGGAUGCCAGUGUGAUGUGUCUGUGGAGGACCUCACCCCACCACUUAAAACCGUCAUCCGAGCAAUCAGAAUUAUGAAGUUUCAUGUUGCAAAGCGGAAGUUUAAGGAAACAUUACGCCCAUAUGACGUAAAAGAUGUCAUUGAACAAUACUCUGCUGGUCACCUGGACAUGCUUUGUAGAAUAAAAAGCCUUCAGACACGUGUUGAUCAAAUUCUUGGAAAAGGACAAAUGACGUCAGAUAAGAAGAGCCGAGAGAAAAUAACAGCAGAACACGAGACAACAGAUGACCCCAGCAUGCUCGCCCGGGUUGUGAAGGUUGAAAAGCAGGUCCAGUCCAUCGAAUCCAAGCUGGACUGCCUGCUGGAUAUCUAUCAACAGGUCCUCCGGAAAGGCUCUGCCUCCGCCCUCACUCUGGCAUCCUUUCAGAUCCCGCCUUUUGAAUGUGAACAGACCUCUGACUAUCAAAGUCCUGUGGAUAGCAAAGACCUGUCUGGCUCAGCACAAAACAGCGGCUGUUUAACGAGGUCAGCCAGUGCCAACAUCUCAAGAGGCCUGCAGUUCAUCCUAACGCCAAAUGAGUUCAGUGCUCAGACUUUCUAUGCGCUUAGCCCUACUAUGCACAGCCAAGCUACCCAGGUGCCCAUGAGUCAAAACGACGGCUCCUCCGUGGUGGCCACCAAUAACAUUGCAAACCAAAUAAGCGCCGCACCCAAGCCAGCAGCCCCAACAACUUUACAGAUCCCACCUCCUCUCUCGGCCAUCAAGCACUUGUCCAGGCCAGAACCUCUGCUCUCAAACCCCACCGGCUUACAAGAGAGUAUUUCUGAUGUCACCACCUGCCUUGUUGCCUCCAAGGAAAGUGUUCAGUUUGCACAGUCAAACCUGACCAAGGACCGUUCCCUGAGGAAAAGUUUCGACAUGGGAGGAGAAAGUCUGUUGUCUGUCCGCCCCAUGGUGCCCAAGGACUUGGGCAAAUCUCUGUCUGUACAAAACCUGAUCAGGUCGACAGAAGAACUGAACUUACAGUUUUCAGGCAGCGAGUCAAGUGGCUCUCGAGGCAGCCAAGAUUUUUAUCCCAAGUGGAGAGAAUCCAAAUUGUUUAUAACUGAUGAGGAGGUCGGUGCCGAAGAGACAGAGACAGAUACUUUUGACGGCACCCCACCGCCUGCGGGGGAAGCUGCUUUCUCAUCAGACUCUCUAAGGACUGGAAGGUCACGGUCAUCUCAGAACAUUUGUAAGACAGGAGACAGUACAGACGCCCUCAGUUUGCCUCACGUCAAACUGAACUAAGCUCUUUGUUUCCUUUCUAAGCAUAGCUGUUCUUUUAGCCAUACAUAUCACUGCAUGAAGUUCUCUGGAAGCCCGUCUAUAGAGUUGAAAUCGCACAAGAGUCAGGAAGAACGCGAAAGGCCAUUUAUAAGCCUGUUAUCUUUUAAUUGCAUGAAAAUGCAUGUUUAGGGGUGGCAGAAAUUCCAAGGUACAUCGACAUUAAUCCAUGCAUUUAAUAACGUACCUUGAGUCUAAAAUCCCAAGCCAACAGUCGCUGCUGAUGCUAUGGGGUGUGUGAAGAUGCCGGGAUAUUAGUUCAAUUGCAAGAGUUGACGCUGUGUUUUGAAAUUGUGAAAGUAAACGCCUUCAAAUUUCAGGCAUUUCUGCUUUAUGACUAGAUACAAAGUACAUUUUCAAAAUUAGGCCAUAAUGUAUGUUUAGACACAAUGGCUAUCAACAGCUGCUAAUAACAAAAGUAAAGCAGAAUUUGGAAUAUAACCGAAAUGGCUGCUUAUUUCAAGAAACCUUUGCCAACCCGUUCCUCCUAAGUCAUUUCAUCAAUGUAAUUUGAAUGUCAAUCUGUGUGCUUCUGGUGACUUAGCGAUGUGGCAAGCAGUUUCGCACAUUGUUUUCAUGUUGUCCUUUAUGCUGCGAAUGUUUUCCAAUUAGAAUAUGGCCAGAUAAUGUUAUUGAGGGCCAGUGGGGGAGGAGACUCCCCUUCCUACGGCAUCUUCCACUUUGUGACAACAUAGUCUCUAAUGGAGGAGUCAACUCUGAAAAUGGUCAACCUCUCUACAAGCAUAUGAAGUACUGGUGGAUUUAACAGCCUGUGCAACGGGGCUGGUCUCUCUGUGAGGAUACAACCACAGGAUUGCCCACCCUGUCCCCUCAAAUGGCCAGGGUUACUAGCAAUUCCCAUGUAGUGGACAUAGAGGUAUAGGGCCUGGGGAAGGGGUUUCCUACUUGAGGUUGGGGGAAAACAACUUGGAAAGACUCCACAGUUACCACAGGUGGGUGACAUUAAAGGAAGUACAUCCCCAUCCCCAUCCCCACCCCACCCCCAUGGGCAAGGAGGAGAGGAGCCCAAAAUUUGAAAUAACUAGAUUUUCUUAGAAAAAUAAAUAUUGCUAGAAAAUCCAACUACCUAAACAUCCCUUAUUCUUAUAUAGCAGAGAAUUUUGCAAGCUAUUUAUUUUUAAUAUGCCCUGAGUGUCUUUUGCUAUUAAGUAGCACAUUUUGCAUAUGAAAGGCUAAAAUGAAACUUCCUUUACUUUUAUACUAUAGUGAACAUUUUUCUAUUCUUCCCAACAAAGUUAUCCCAAAUAAGAAACUACCGGCUCAGUUUCCAGGUUAUGAAUAUUUAUAACUGCAAACCAGAUAGCACUGGAUGGGUCUGCAGAUCAGAACUCGUUAGUCAUGUAUCAUGAUGGAAAAGAAACAAAUAAAAAAGUAUAUUUAUUAAAAAUGUAUUUCCCAAAAGGCAAGUAAUGCUGGAUGCUUGUUAGAAUUCAACCCCAUACCUGUAAUCAUAGAGAUGGGGAACUGAAGAUAGAGGAUCAUGAGUUCAAGGCUAGCCUGGCUCAUACAGCAAGACUGUGUAAAGAGAGUGGAGGAGAGGGGUGCUAACGAAAGAUCUAUAACUGCCAUUUAAAUUAUAUAAGCUUUAACUAAAAGAUUCCUGAAGCCAGGCGUGGUGGCGCACGCCUUUAAUCCCAGCACUCGGGAGGCAGAGGCAGGCAGA